AGUAAUGAGACUGCUUCAGGCAGAGACCUCGUGUGAGUCAUGUGAAAGCUCCGGCAUUACUGACCUCUGACAAAAGAGGAAUGAGCAAAGAGCAGCAGAGGAAGAAGGGGAGAAUUACGAAUGUAUUCUCCCCCCUCACCUAGGCAAUUAUGGGUCAAGAGCUGUGUUCAAAUGCUCGUCAGCCAAGAUGCAGCUGCUAUCGCUCAGAGGGAAGAGCCCGCAGCUGCCAAAGGAGUCAGCCUGUGGCCGUGGAUUCUGCAUUAGAGCUAACAGAACUAAGAGAAGCAUCACGCUCCAUGACUUCACUGCACCCCAAGGAAUCACAUGCAUCCCAGGCCCGGAAGUUUAGGAGUAAAAGGCCAAGGAGCAACAGUGAUUCUUUCCAAGAAAAGGACCUUGAACAAGGUUUUCCAUGGAGGAAGAGUCUUCCUUUCGGAGCUGCCUCAUCUUACUUGAAUUUGGAAAAGCUAGGUGAAGGCACUUAUGCUACAGUCUACAAGGGAAUCAGCCGGAUAAAUGGUCAGCUUGUUGCUUUAAAAGUCAUCAGUAUGAACACUGAAGAAGGGGUCCCUUUCACAGCCAUUCGAGAAGCCUCCCUCCUGAAGGGUUUGAAGCAUGCCAAUAUUGUGCUCCUGCAUGACAUUAUCCACACCAAAGAGACCCUGACUUUUGUUUUUGAAUACAUGCAUACUGACCUGGCCCAAUAUAUGUCUCAACAUCCAGGAGGUCUUCAUCCUCACAAUGUCAAGCUCUUCAUGUUUCAACUUUUGCGGGGCCUGGCUUAUAUCCACCAUCAACACAUUCUUCACCGAGAUCUGAAACCUCAAAACUUACUCAUCAGUUAUCUUGGAGAACUCAAAUUAGCUGAUUUUGGUCUUGCUAGGGCUAAGUCCAUUCCCAGUCAGACAUACUCUUCGGAAGUAGUGACACUCUGGUAUCGUCCUCCAGAUGCAUUGCUAGGAGCCACAGAAUACUCCUCUGAUUUGGAUAUCUGGGGUGCAGGCUGCAUCUUUAUUGAAAUGCUCCAGGGCCAACCUUUAUUUCCUGGAGUUUCUGAUAUCAUUGAACAACUGGAAAAGAUCUGGGCGGUAUUGGGGGUCCCUACUGAAGAUACUUGGCCUGGAGUUUCCAAGCUGCCUAACUACAAUCCAGAGUGGUUCCUGCUGAGUAAGCCCCAGAGUCUUCAGGUCGUCUGGAACAGGUUGGGCAAAAUUCCAGGAGCUGAAGACCUAGCUUCUCAAAUGCUCAGAGGUUUCCCAAGGGAUCGGGUCUCCGCCCAAGAAGCUCUUGCCCAUGAUUAUUUCAGUACUCUACCAGCCGAGUUAUACCAGCUUCCAGAUGCCGAGUCUUUAUUUACAGUUCCAGGAGUGAGACUUAAACCCGAAAUCUGCAACCUCUUUGCCUCCUACCAGAGAAGUCAUCACACCAAUCGAUUUAGCAAGUGUUGGUGACAAGAGAAUAAAGAAGAAUCACUAAUCCUUCCAGAGAGAUCCCUGGACCAGAAGAUCGAUUUCCCAACAGGACAGAUGGGAGACUGACAAUUGAAAGAAUGUAGAAAUUGAGCUGGUCCUGUCACUCCUGGAGCCUGCCUACAAUCUCCCUUGACAAAAGCUCCUGUGGCAAGGAGAGGAUUAAUCUAAAGUUUAGUGAAGUCUCCAGGGAAGAUGAUUUCUUGGAUAAAGUUGUCAACAAAAGGAAUUGCUUAAGACUAUUUGUUAUAGGUUCCUAGAGGGUGCUUCUACCAUCACUAACAGGAUUAUUGGAAUACUGGUUAUAUCCCUCCCCCUUCGUCUGCCACCCCCACCCCUAACCCCAAUUCCAUUUGGGACUUGCAUUGUGGACCUUCUGGUUUGAAUUGAAUUUCAAACCACUUUCUUGUUCUGAAUCCUAAAUGACUGUGAGAUGAGAGAUGAGAAGCAAGAGAGAUGGAGAACUCAAGUUCUGAUUUUGAUAAUAAAAAGCAUUAUAUAAUCAGAAG